AUGCUAUUUCACUUCAGGUCGUCGAGGUUAUCCGCCCAGGACGUCCAACUGUCCCAAAGGCUGAUAUCCGUAAGGAGAUCACCAAGCUCUAUAAGACCACUUCAGACACUGUCAUUCCAUUUGGAUUCGAGUCAUAGAUCGGAGGAGGAAAGUCGAAGGGGGUUCACUCUUGUUUACGACACGUUUGACUUCGCCAAUAAGUAUCAGCCAGAGCACAGCUCCAAUCAUGAUGGGGCCUCAACAAGCCGGACUUCAAUCUCGAGAAGGAAAGAAAAGCGGAGAAGAGAACAAGCUCCGAAGGUGCCAGAACCGACCGCAGAUGAAAUAGAAGCAAAGGAAGAAGAAUAUAAGAAGAACAAGAGCGAGUACUACAAGAGACGAAACGAGGUGAAGACCGAAGAAGCUAGAGAGAGGAGAAGAGUUAGGGACAGCGAGACUGAUGCAUGGAAGAAGGCGAUACGAGAUGCUGGUCAGUCCCCGGAUCCGAAACGCGCGCCACGCUACUCACCACCACCGUCUUCGACUCCCACUCCAACCCCACCACCGUCGUCGUCUUCGUCCCCCACUCCAACCCCUUUGAGACGUUCGCCGCGGUUCCAAACCUCGAACAACUAAUCUCCUUCCUGCUGAAUUAAAUUUUUAACUAACCCACAUUUCUUGUAUAUUUGUAUAUUGCAAACACUUCCCACAUCCCAUCCCAGCAUCCCACACCCAUUUGUAUACUAUUAGGGACAAUACGGGGUUUCCACAUUACAUGUAGAGUGAAUAAAUCUUGUACUAUAUUUGUUUUCUAAUCUCCUUCCCGCAGAAAACCCACAUUUCUUGUACAUUUAAAUGUUAUAAAAACUGCACCCCGCACUCAUUUGUAUAAAAAUUAUUAGGGACAAUACGGGUGAGUUCCCCUCUUUUAUAUUUAUUUUUCUAUUUUAUUACUGUGAAUAAAUCUUUUUAUAUUUUU